AUGUACGACGCCUUACACCGGGUUGCACUCGUUCCUGGCCUCUUGGGGCGCGCCGUACGAGCCCUCAUGGAAUCAACAGAGGACCCACCAGCAGGUUUCAUGGGACUUCCCAAGGAAAUCUUAGUCAUGAUAAUGCAAAAUAUUGAUAUGGAAGAUGUGCUUUCUCUACGAGUGUGUUGUCGUCUCCUAUGCGACUUGUCCAAAGAGCGAUCCGUGUGGGUCGCCCUUUUGAAGAAAUACCGUGAGACAUCCCUCCACCGACCUUUCUUCCUGUCCAAACCUCUGGCCAAUUGCACCGCGCUAGACAUCGAGAAACGGAUUAUGCGAAGAUGGACGGGAAUUGACAGACAAGAACUCCCCAGCUCGGGUCCAGAUACGUUCAUGGUUGGGAGUCCGUCACACCCACAGUUUAAACACCUGGCCUUCCUUCCCUUUGGUCAUUUCUUUGUCAUGCACAGCACAGAUGGCGGGAUUUGGCUUCAAAGCCCUACCACCGCACCACAGCUCCUCAUACCCUCGCCAUUCUCUGGAUCCACCUGUAUAUCCACUUUCGCCUCUCUGGAUUUGCUAUCGAUGUCUGUCGAUGCGGAGACCUCCUUUGACAGCCAACUGUUUCCUCUCGCAUUCAACAUGGCCGUGGUUUGGGAACGCUUCGAUUAUGAUACCUACGAGAGUUUCAUUGUCCUCCAAGUCUGGGAACUAGCCCCUCAAGUGGACAAUGAAGGGACAGUCAUGGGGUACUCAAGUCGACUGCUCUCGUCUUUUUCGGAGGAAGGUCGGAUGAGGAUUCGCCACACUUCGUUGUAUGGCAAAUAUAUCGCGUAUGCUGUGAGAUCCAGGCGACAUGACAUUGCAAUUGUUGAUUGGACCGACGCCGCAUCCGGACUCGAGCGAGUUUUUGUGAUUGAUGAGAGUCGCAUUUCCAUCUGGCACUGGAAAUCUACGUGUCCAGAAUCUGCGCUUUCUCCUUCACAGCAACAGUUCCCGUACAUCGCACCCUCCUGGUCUACUCCAGUGGAUGGCGCAAGAACUGUUGAUGGCCUGUUGGGAAUUAAGAUACCACUAGUACUUUCAUCAGGUGGUAUAGCGGAACCGACGUCGACGUCCCCGGUGGUUAUCCGACUCGGAGAGGGGAAUUUUGUCGGGAGGCCUGGAAAUGCGUGGUUUGGCCACAAUACCGGUAUCUUCUUCGACGGAGAGUACGGGGAUCAUUGGCUUUUGCGGUACGAAUGGGAGGGCGCCAGGGAUGAGGCUGCACGAAAGUCCAUCAAAAAGAUCAGGCGCCUCAAUGACUUUGUUAUACCGUCAGUGGCAUUCUGUUUGAUGAGGCCUCGGGACAUCUGGUAG